AUGGAAGGUAACCUGACAAACAUCACGACACAAGGAGAUCCUGAAAAUGACAAAGUUGUGCAUUCUUUGGUCUUAAUCGUCGGAAUUGCUUCGGUGAUAUUCAACGGCGCACUGCUCAUAGCAAUGACGUUUAAUUCACGUGAAGUUUUCUCUUCUCUUGGCUCAUAUUUUAUCUAUAAUCUGGCAAUAGCUGAUUUCGUAACGGGCGUCAAUUCAAUCGUUUGGGCAGCAGAGGGGUUCAUGCCAAAACUUUAUAGUAUCAAAGCAAAAAUGACUCUACUGACAAUAUUCUGGAUCACCGUGCAGGUCGCGUUCUUCACGAUAUUUGUUAUGUCCACAGAACGUCUUAUAGCUAUUGUGUUCCCAUUUAAAGCAACAUUAUUGAUGUCAAAGAAGAAAACCACAAUAUAUUGUAUUGCCGUCUGGAUUUUCGCCAUUGUGUGUGGAGGCUUGAUUAAUUACAAACGGGAGGAAGUGCAGCUUUUUCUUACAAUUGUAUUUGAACUCGUGAUUGUGUGUAUCGUGAUUGAGUACGUGCAAGUCUUCCGCCAGUUACGUGUUCUGUGGCAAAGCAGUAAAACGCGCGCAGUUUAUAACGGACAUAACAAUAACGAAGCAAGCUCAACGAAGAACAAGAAAACAACAGAUUUACAACGAGAAUAUGAAGUCACUAUCGUCGUAGUAACUCUAGCAGUAAUAUUGGUUGUUACAGUGUUUCCUUAUAUGAUUGCAAUGCAGAUAGUUCUAUGUUAUAGGUUAUUCCACACGCCAUUACCCCUCAAUCAUCCUGCGGAGAUGUUUGUCUGGUAUUAUUUUCCAGUGGAAUUAUUAAAUUUUGUAGUUGAUCCGAUCGUGUACGGAUGGCGACUGCCCAAGUAUCGCAAAGCUUUCUUAGCCACAUUUGGGUUUGGUAAAGACCGAUUAAAAUGUAACAGUAACGGAUCCCCAAGGACGCUGCGCACAACUUGCCCAACUGAAAACAGGCAAAUGGCUUUAUUGGAAUGA